GGCUUUCCGAACUCUGACUGGGACAACUGAACAGCGGGAUGCCUCACGCAUUGCACUGUGGUGCUCUGUGGCUGCAGUGGCUCGCUAUAGGUGCCAAAAUUCCGCUUUGCAGUGUCUAAGGCGUAAGAAUCUUGUCCAAGGCCAUCUAUACUCUAUAGAACGGUUAUCUGGUUUGAUCAUGGAUGUGGCAUGGCGGGUACUUUAGCAAAGAAGAACACCAAUGAUGCACUUUGACUUCUGCCGCAGUGCCCAAAGUGUCAGCAGUCAGCUAGUGCACAAGACUUCACUCUGAUGCCUGCCAACUCUUCUGAACCCUCAAUGGAGCCCAAGGCAGUGGCCACUCACGUCAUAUUUGACGUGGACGGGCUGCUGCUGAAUACGGAGACCCUAUACACCAAGACCACUGACCGUGUGGUGGGCCAGUUUGGCAAGAAGUUCACCUGGGAGAUGAAGCUGUCGCAGAUGGGGAUGAAGGGCUCCGAGGCGGCGGCGCGCAUCAUCGAGCAGCUGGAGCUACCGCUGACGUCCGAGGAGUACCUGCGCCAGUCGGCGCGCAUCUGGGAGGAGCUGUUCCCGUCUGCCGAGCUGAUGCCGGGCGCCGAGCGGCUGGUGCGCCACCUGCACAAACACCGCGUCCCCAUAGCGCUCGCCUCGGGCGGCAGCGCGCCCAACUUCGAGCUCAAGACCAGCCGGCACGACGAGUUCUUCUCAUUGUUCUCGCACGUCGUGCUGGCCUCCUCCGACCCGGCUGUGAAGAACGGCAAGCCGGCACCGGACGUGUACCAGAUCGCCGCCGAGCGUUUUGCGCAGCCGCCGGCGCGGCCCGAGGACGUACUGACGUUCGAGGACGCGCCCAACGGGGUGCUGUCGGCGCGCGCCGCCGGCAUGCACUGCGUGAUGGUGCCGGACGCCCGGAUGCCUGAGGAGAAGAAGAAGGAGGCCACCCUGGUGCUGUCCUCGCUGGAGGACUUCCGGCCGGAGAUGUUCGGACUCCCGGCCUAUGAUGCGUAGGGUUCAGAGGGCGGCUGAAUAGGAGGUAAGGUAGGAGGCGCUACACUGAAAAGUAGUGUAGCGCCCAGUACUGUGUAACUGGUUCAGCUAUGUGAGGGGACGAGUAAAUUACUAUAGGUCCUUGAUUUCGACUCUCACUCGUUUUAUCGCAAGUGAUAACUGUAAGAGUGCGAAACAUUUUGUAAAGUGAAGCUGUUUGGGAAAAGUGGAAAGCGUUGAACUUACCUGUAUCCCACCAUGACCUUAUGCCAAGCAUGUACUCAGGUUAGAAGUAUAAGGCAGGUAUAUUUCAUCUAACAUACGAUUGCUUACAUUCAAUGCUUUUGUUAAGCUCUCAUUUUCUUGUUCGUAAGUUUUUGAUACUAAGAUUUAAGCCAGGUGAAUGGCCAAAUGUGACAUGGAUGUAGGCUGGUUUUCAUGACGUUGAAAUGCUUUUGCAUCGUCAGUGUCCACGCGUUUCUUUUUCGCUCACCCGGCAAUUCGCCUGCCUGCUUGUCAUAAAUUCUGUUUCAGUUUACUGAUCAACUUUGCUCGCGAUGCUAGUUUGGUUCAGCAACGCGUUAUACGAUCAACUUUGCACAUUUGGAAGUGUAUUUUUGUAACGUGACGAGCAAAAAUAAAAUGUUUUUGGGCAUGCCUUGUA